CGUACGCACCUUCACAUACGAAAUACACCCACCAUGGAUAUCCAGCAGAGGUUUCAGGAAAGGGAACUGUCCCUAUCCCCACCUGACAAGCCAAAACUGAUGAAAGGCGGCAAUUAUAUCCGAGAAGGCCGUGAUUCCACCAAAUCUACUUGGCUACUAUUUUCUCCUGAAACCCCCGAUGAGGCCGGUUCAUUGGCCAAGUUUUUAAGCAUAUUUUCAGCACAUGGCGUUAAUUUAAUUCAUAUUGAAUCUAGAUCUUCCGCCAGAAGACCAGGUUACGAGUUUAUGGUAGAAUGUGAACAUGGAGCAGGUGAUUUCGGUGCUGCACUGGAAGAGCUUAAUAAAAAUGUGGGAUAUUUAAAUAUUAUAUCCAGGAAUUACCGAGAUAACAGAUCUGCCGUCCCGUGGUUUCCUCGUCGUAUACGUGAUUUGGACAGAUUCGCCAAUCAGAUCUUAUCUUAUGGCGCCGAACUGGAUUCUGACCAUCCAGGAUUUACGGAUCCAGAAUAUCGCAUCCGCCGUAAAUAUUUUGCAGACAUCGCUUACAACUACAAGUACGGGCAGCCACUGCCACACGUAGACUACACCAAAGACGAAAUUGCCACUUGGGGUGUGGUGUUCAGAAAACUAGUAGAGUUGUAUCCGACGCAUGCUUGUAAAGAGCAUAACCAUGUAUUUCCUCUAUUGAUCGAGAACUGUGGCUAUAGAGAAGAUAAUAUACCUCAGUUAGAGGACGUAUCAAACUUCCUUAAAGAUUGUACCGGCUUUACCUUGCGUCCAGUAGCUGGUUUACUAUCAUCCCGCGAUUUCCUCGCCGGCCUGGCGUUUAGAGUCUUCCACAGCACCCAGUAUAUAAGACACCAUUCCCGUCCCCUCUACACUCCGGAGCCUGACGUCUGCCAUGAGCUACUAGGACAUGCCCCACUAUUCGCAGACCCAGCGUUUGCGCAGUUUUCUCAAGAAAUCGGUCUUGCUUCAUUGGGAGCCCCUGAUGACUAUAUCGAAAAAUUAGCUACGUGCUUUUGGUUUACCGUGGAAUUUGGUCUGUGUCGACAAGAAGGCAAGUUGAAAGCUUUUGGAGCUGGUUUACUGUCCUCGUUUGGAGAAUUACAGUACUGUCUCUCGGACAAACCAGAGCUCAAGGAGUUCGAACCUGAAGUGACAGGCACGACUAAAUAUCCCAUAACCGAGUACCAGCCAGUGUAUUUCGUGGCCAACAGUUUCGAAGAUGCUAAGGACAAAAUGAUCAAAUUCGCGCGAAUGAUACCACGUGAUUUCGGUGUGCGAUACAACCCGUAUACGCAGAGCAUCGACAUUCUGGAUUCUUCGAGACAAAUGCAGGAUUUACUACGUGGUGUACACCAAGAAAUGGAUUUACUCCUCAAUGCCAUGGAGAAACUAUAGACACACACAUAAGACACCAACAAAUGAGACAAGGGACUAUAUACCUGAAUAUUAAAAUAUAUUUUGUAGAAUAGGUACUAUCGUAUAAUUUAAGCAGUAAGAAACUAUACAUAAAUGAAUAAGUAAUAAUACAACGUUAUAAAGCCUCAUAUUAGUUUAUGUCAGCCUCAAAUUAAAAGAAUUAUGAUUUUUUUUGUAAAUACUUAGUUAAUGUCCUGACUAACAAACUAUCAUACUCAUGAAUGUUUGUAUUGUCCAGGAAUGGGACCGGAGCUGAUCGGUUCCUGUAGUGUAUAGUUGAAGGUGUUGUAAUAUUGGUGACGUGAUGGUUGUACUAAGUUAUAUGCUCACUAUUACUAUUGGGCGAUUGGAAAUUUGUAUAGACAAUAACAUUUUGUUAUAUUCUAAGUUAUAAAUACUUUUUUAAAUAACAGAUGAUAUCAAAUUACGUUUAAGUAUUCUGUUAUUUAUUUUUAUAUCUAGUAUUAAAAUAAAAUAAGUAACGAUAUUAUGAUUAACUACUUAAGUAAGACUAAGUUUUAUUGUCAUAUAAUUGAUGCUAGAUUAUAUU